CAGUCGAGUGAUCUGUUUAAGGUGAGAGCGCUUCCUGGUUGCCAGAGGUACGGGGAGCUGCCUGACCUGCUGGUGUGUCUUGUGUUACUGGCACCGUGACAGGGAGAACAAAAGGAGAGAGGAGGAUAGAGCAGGUGCAGAGGAACAACUCACACAGGCGCCACAGGCAACUCCCACCUUCCCCUCUCUACAUGGGACCCUGCACCAGGUAAUGGCACAGCUGGGCAUGUGAUGGGGAGACAGCUAGGCACAGCCACAACAAACCCACUCAGGAUCAUGGCUGCAGAUCUGCACUCAGCUAGGAAACCUUUGAGACCUGAAUGGGGACGCUGGAGCGGAUUGGGUUUCCUUGUCCUAUAAUACAGGGAGAGCCUCAGCAGCUGACGUCCUACAAUAAACUGAGUGCAGAAGAAUGAUGUCCAUCACAACUAUGGUGAACGUUAAGGAAUAUACAAAGUUUGCAUAGACCAAAUUAAUAGUUUCUUCUGUCUAAAUACUGAAUUAAAGACACUGGAAGGACUUCAAAGAUGGCAAACUCUCAAGUGAAAUGCCUGGAAGAUGAUCAGCAAUUUGUGGAUAUAACAGAGACCAGCCCUGAGUUUUAUUACUCGGAAAAGCAAAGGACAGCCAUGGAAACUCUUAUUUCUUCUGGGUCGCAGGCUUUUGAAAAUUUCAUUAAAAAGGAAAGGAUUCGCCAGUUUCUGUCCAAGGAAGAAAUCACUUCCAUUGUGAAUUCAGUGGUUGAUUCUGAGCUGGGUAAACUAGAACUGGAAGAUGACGCUGAGCUUGAUGAAGACGUGAGCGUUAGCUACUGGCCUGCAAGAACUGAUGUGCCAACCCCCAUGUUGGAACUGGGUUGGCCUGAAGAAGGUACAUGGAAAGGAAUCACAAGGGCGGAACUGUACACACAUCCUCCUUCUAAUAAUGCUCCUCAUAUUAAGGUGGUGGUUAGAAGGACUAUACAGAAGGCUACAAAGGUUAUAGCAGUUGUCAUGGACCUUUUCACAGAUCCAGAUAUAUUUUUGGACUUGCAUGAAGCAGCCACGAGGCGCAAGGUCCCGGUCUAUAUAAUACUGAGCCAAAGCCAUCUUUCUUCCUUCCUGCAUAUGGUGGAAUCUACUGGAGUGAAUGUCCGGUUUACUGAGAAUAUGCGUCUGCGAGUGGUAUCAGGAUGUACCUACAGCACAAGGCAGUUGAAGCAAGUCACGGGAACUGUUAAAGAGAAAUUCCUGUUGGUGGAUGGAGACACUGUAAUCACUGGAACAUACAGUUUCACAUGGAGAGAUUCACGGCUGGAAAGAAACUUGAUCACUCUCCUAACUGGAGAAAUAACAGACUCAUUUGAUGAACAAUUCCGAACUCUGUUUGCUUCCUCGAGGCCCCUACAGAGAUACGAUUCUGCCCCCAACAAGGAAGCCAUUCGCAGAACACAAGAACCUUUACCUCAACUACCAGCUCCCAAGGAGGUUGAAAUGGUCAAUAAUGCCAAGCCUUCAGUGGAAAUACAAGAACCUUAUAUAAAUGGAUUCUCUUCACCGCAGAGAUUUAACACCAGUGGUGCAUUACAACCCAUAGAUGUCCUGUCGGCCCCUGUAAUUACCCCAUUUGUAGGGGUUCCGUUAUCCAAAAGUGUUAAUAAGAUAGCAGAACGACGGACUAUAAUCCCACCUGUAAUGAAAAGCAUAGGGGCAGGUGCUGGAUUUAAUCAGUCAUCUGAACUUCGUCAGGACUCUUCAAUUAAAGCCAAAGAACCUAUUAAUGUGCCUGAUGUAUCUAUUCGGCAUCGCUUAGCUGCCUGCCAGAAUUUCGAAGGACCUACAGUAAAUUUACGAAGUGGACAAGAAUCACACAGUGCCCUCAGUGACAUUCUAAAGAAUGUGCAACGUUCCAAACCAUCUAUUGCCAAAACCACAGGAGGGAGGCCCAGCAAAUCUCUCUGGGAUCUCACACAGUUGUCCCAAAUGUCUGGUUAUGGUGGAGAGAUGGGACAGAACUCAACGGAACUUGGGGAUGAUGCAAAGCAUGCCAAAAGCAGAUGGCUUUCUACGGACACCCCUGCCAUGCUGCUGAUGCGCCACAGAGCAUUUCCAAGCGACGACCCACGAUCCCGAGAACAUUCCAACAUGGCCUCCCCAGGAUUUAAGCCAUCGGCUGUGAUCACACCCACAAGACUACAAGGCCAGCUCCCGUACGGGGCUUCCAACACCUGGUUUAGCUCCCCAAGAUCAGGACGGACACUCUACUACUCAUGAUUUUUGCUUGAAAAGCUUCAAUUUCUACUAUGAAAUGCAAGGAUCAGGUGCUUUUUUUAUGGACACCAGCUCAGAAUGGAAUCAAAUGGAUCAAACUUUCAUUUACAUUGAAAAUGAUCCAUUUCAUGUUAGAAUAUGAACAUAUGAAAUAAGCAAUAUCAUCUAUCAAGAUACUGCUUUAUCUGUUUAUACAUCAGCCAACCUAGACUGUGCCCAGAUGCAGAGAUAUUUCUUCAAUAAUCAUUCAGAAUGUGAAUUAAACCGCUUGUACUGUA